AUGGGAUCCGAAUUCCGACCCAUGUAUAUUCAGCGAUUAUUUUCCCUCCACAAUCUUCUUCAACCACAAAUUCAAUUCUACAAAUCCAUCUUCUCCGCUAGACGCAUCCAAGCUCUGGCCAUAAUCACCGAUAAUCCACAAACUACAACUACCUUAAAUGUCACCCACGAUGCUGAAUGGACACCCACCUCGAUUUCCUACUCUAAACUCUUAUCUCAAUGCUGUCAAACCAAGUCGCUCAAUCCAGGUCUACAAAUCCAUACCCACCUGAUCAAAAUCGGAUUGGAGAAUGAUCCAAAACACAGGAAUCAUUUAAUCAAUUUGUAUUCGAAGUGUCGGGUUUUCAGGAGUGCACGCAAGUUGCUCGACGAAAGUCCUGAACCAGAUUUAGUUGCUUGGUCUGCUUUGAUAUCAGGGUAUACCCAGAAUGGUCUCAGUCAAGAUGCUCUUUUGGCUUUUACAGAGAUGCACUCGUUGGGUAUUAGGUGUAACGAGUUUACAUUCCCUAGUGUCCUCAAAGCAUGCUCCAUGAAGAAGGAUAUCAUUGGAGGGAAACAGAUACAUGGAAUUGUGGUGGUGACUGGUUUUGAAAAUGAUGUUUUUGUUGCCAAUGCAUUGGUUGGUUUAUACGCAAAAUGUGGUGAUUUUUUGGACUCAAGGAAGCUUUUUGAUCAGAUUCCAGACAGGAACAUAGUUUCUUGGAAUGCAUUGUUUUCUUGUUACUCAAAUGGUCAUUUCUUUAAAGAAGCAAUUGAUUUAUUUCAAGAUAUGAUUAUUACUGGAUUAAUCCCAGAUGAGUAUAGUUUAUCAACUAUAAUCAAUGCGUGCACAGGUUUACAAGAUAUAACCCAAGGGAGGAAGAUUCAUGGAUAUUUAAUCAAACAUGGGUACACUUCUGAUCCCUUUUCUUGUAAUGCACUUGCUGAUAUGUACUCAAAAGUUGGAGACUUUGAAGAUGCUAAAACAGUCUUUGACCACAUUCCUAACCCUGAUAUAGUCUCAUGGAAUGCAAUCAUUGCUGGAUGUGUUCUUCAUGAAUACUUCAAUCUAGGUUUGGAGUUAUUUUUGAAGAUGAAAAGGUCAGGAAUCACACCAAAUAUGUUCACUUUUUCUAGUGUUCUUAAAGCUUGCUCUGGAUUAGGUCUCCAAGAUUUAGGCAAACAAUUCCAUUCCAUUCUUAUAAAGUCAGAAAUAGAAUUGGAUCCACAUCUUUGUUCUGGGCUUAUCGAUAUAUAUUCAAAAUGUGGUGAAAUGGAUGAUGCCCAAAGGGUAUAUGAUAUGAUGCCACAAAAAGAGUUGAUUGCAUUAAACACUUUGUUAUGUGGACACUCACAAAAUGGAAAUGACAUUGAAGCUCUAUCUCUUUUUUCUAAAGAUAGGGAUAGAAUCGGAUUUAAUGAAGCCACUUUACUUCCAAUCCUCAAUUCUUCUGCUAGUUUGCAAGAUGUAUAUGUUAGUGAACAAAUCCAUGGGCUUUCUUUAAAAACCGGAUUCCAAUCCGACCCUUUUGUCAUAAACAGUCUUAUCGAUUCUUAUUCAAAAUGUGGUUAUGUGGAAAGGGCAAAGAUGGUAUUUGACGAAUCGGAUAUCGCUGACUUGGCGACUUUUACGUCUAUGAUAUCUGCUUAUGCUCAAUCGGGACAAGGUGAAGAAGCUAUAAAACUUUACUUAAAAAUGCAAGAUUUGGAACUUAAGCCCGAUUCUUACAUUUGUAGCUCUCUUUUAAAUGCUUCGGCUAUUUUAUCUGCUUAUGAACAAGGUAAACAAAUCCAUGUUCAUACCUUAAAAUCUGGUCUUUUAUCCGAUGUUCAUACCUCGAAUUCUCUUGUAAACAUGUAUGCUAGAUGUGGAAGUAUAGAUGAUGCUAGUCGUGCUUUUUUUGAAGUUCCCGAAAAGGGUAUCGUCUCAUGGUCCGCUAUGAUUGGUGGACUUGCCCAACAUGGAUACGGGAAAGAAGCACUUUCGCUUUUUGACAAAAUGUUAAAAGACGGAAUUGCCCCUAACAACGUUACUCUAGCUAGCGUCCUAUCUGCUUGUAACCAUGCGGGGUUGGUAACUCAAGCGAAAACAUACUUCGAAACAAUGGAGGGCGUUUUCGGAAUUAAGCCGACACAAGAACAUUACGCGUGCAUGAUUGAUAUUCUUGGGCGUUCGGGAAAGUUAGAUGAGGCGAUGGAUUUAUUAAGUCGGAUGCCAUUUGAGGCUAAUGCUUCGGUUUGGGGGGCGGUUCUUGGUGCUGCAAGAACUCAUAAAAACGUUGACCUUGGUCAACGGGCUGCCCGAGAGCUUCUUGUUCUUGAACCGGAAAAAUCGGGCACCCAUUCUCUUCUUGCAAAUAUAUACGCAUCGGUUGGUUUAUGGGAAGAGGUUGCGGAUACAAGGAGGUUGAUGAAAGAUAGUAAGGUCAAGAAAGAGCCCGGGAUGAGUUGGAUUGAAGUUAAAGAUAGGGUAUACACAUUCAUAGUAGGAGAUAGAAGCCAUUCUAUGAGUGAAGAAAUAUUUAAAAAACUUGGGGAGUUGAUGGAUUUGAUUCGUGAAGAAGGGUAUGUUCCGGUUUUGGAAAAUGAUCUUCAUAAUGUUACAACAAGUGAAAAGGAGGUGCUUUUGUUGUAUCAUAGUGAGAAACUUGCGGUUGCUUUUGGGCUCAUUGCUACUCCUCCAAGAGCUCCGAUUAGGGUUAAAAAGAAUCUUAGGGUUUGCAUAGAUUGUCAUACUUUUUUGAAAUUUGUUAGUAAAGUUGUCACGAGAGAGAUUAUUGUUAGAGACAUCAACCGAUUUCACCAUUUCCGAGACGGAAAUUGUAGUUGUGGAGAUUAUUGGUGA